GACAGAUUCUACAAAGCAAGGAGGUUCGAAUUUCGAAACUCCUUGCAUCAAAGUGACAAUCGGUAUUUGUUUUGUUAUGGUGGAAUGUUAGAUGAUACAAUGCCGUUGGGCAUAAAGCCUGAGUGCUAUAAGUGUAAUGUAACUGAAAGUAAACUUUGGAAACAGACAGCCGAUGGCUUCGUGUGUGUGGACUGUUGUGAUUUGGUAACUAAGACCUCUUGCCCUCCCAAGAAUGAAGACAUUGCUUCACAGUCGUCGAAGUCCCAAGAAACAGCCCCACGCAUUGCAACUCGUAAGAGUAGAAGAAGUACGCGGAAUUACAAAACAAGAUUAAAUCCAUACGCUCUUCCGAAGCCUCUUACUCCAAAGGGUAAAGGGAGACGUGUUAUCUUCAAGAAAACCCCAACCAAAGCACCUACGGCAGUUGCUACACCUGUGACAAGCAAUUACGUAUUUUACAAGGGUAGCUAUUUCCAGGUUGGGGACAUAGUCUCUGUGCAGGACAUUGAUGGUGGGUUAUAUUAUGCCCAAAUAAGAGGUCUCCUUACAGAUCAGUACUGUGAAAAAAGCUGUGUUCUGACGUGGCUCAUUCCUACCACUGCCAGUCCUGAUCCCAAUGAGGGAUUCGAUCCCUCAACCUACAUAAUUGGUCCUGAUGAGGAGCUACCAAGACUCUUGUCGUGCAUGGAAUUUGUUAUGCAUGCGCCAUCGGAUUAUUAUAAAAAUCGCAAAUCCCCAUAUCCUUCUGUAGAUUAUGAUAGUAAUGAUCCAAAUUUCAUAUGGACUCGUCUUCCAACAUAUGUUCACAAAUUGUAGUAUAUUAAUAAAAUUAUGUAAAUAUA